AAAUUCAAGAAAGAAAGAAAAUCAUUCCCACUCUCUCUCUCUCUCCUCCAAAAGAGGCUUCAACUCGAAGCAGCACACAGCUCCGUGACUUCGAUUCGCUUCCUGCUCAGACCAAGAAAACCCCAUCAAUUGCGCCAGAAAAUUUCUCCCAUUUCUGAUCUUGAACUCCCACUUCUUCGUCUUCUCCUCCUCAUCAAGAGACAGAGCAUUUUCGUCCAUUCAUUUUCGAUUAACAUUCUGCAGUUCUUGCUCGUCGGAGCACGAAUUUGCUUGAACUUUAAGAGCGGAUUGGAGAUCUUCGCCAAUCUCAGAUCCUCCGGAGUUUUUCUUUCUUUGUUUUUAAGUCGAAGGAUUGCAUCGAAAGAGCAGAGAUUGGCUUCGUCGAUUGGUUCGAAACCUUGAUCCGCGAACUGUCUUAUGCUGCAUUUUUAGUCGCCUCCGCCAAGCUUCUUGGCCGCACUAUGUCCCUUUUGCUUUUCUUUCUCUCUCUUGAACGGAUUCUCCCAUUUUCAUUGCUCGAAUAAGAUAAAAAUACCCGUUAGAUUUUCCCUGUGCCGUGCCUGUUGGGAAAGUUGCUGUCCCCGUGGCUUUUGUCUCCGAGCAGCGUUGUAUCCGAGAUCGAAGCUUUUCUUUGUUGUUUUCCGUUUGAAAGUUGAGUUUCCGGUACCCUUUUGGGGGUUUUGGUGGUGGAUUUUGAGGUGGAGUCUGAUCACUGGUGUUCGAAGAUUUGGCUCACAAGUUGACUUGAAGAGACAUUUAUUUCAUGCGUUCUUGCCGAGAUGCAGCCUGAUCAGCGGAAAAAGUCAUCUGCAGAUGUAGAUUUUUUCACGGAAUAUGGUGAAGGGAGCAGGUAUAAAAUAGAGGAAGUCAUUGGUAAAGGUAGCUAUGGUGUUGUUUGCUCUGCAUACGAUACGCAUGUGGGUGAAAAAGUGGCAAUAAAAAAGAUCAACGAUAUAUUUGAACAUGUCUCUGAUGCCACCCGCAUCCUCCGUGAGAUCAAGCUCCUUAGACUCUUGCGCCAUCCGGACAUUGUGGAGAUUAAGCAUAUCCUAUUACCUCCAUCCAGGAGGGAAUUUAAGGACAUCUAUGUCGUGUUCGAGCUGAUGGAAUCUGAUCUACACCAGGUUAUCAAGGCAAAUGAUGAUUUAACACCCGAGCAUUACCAGUUCUUUCUGUACCAGCUUCUUCGAGGACUCAAGUACAUUCAUACAGCAAAUGUGUUUCACCGGGAUCUGAAACCAAAAAAUAUCUUAGCAAAUGCUGACUGUAAACUCAAGAUCUGUGACUUUGGCCUUGCUAGAGUAGCUUUUAAUGAUACUCCAACUGCCAUCUUUUGGACGGACUAUGUUGCCACGAGAUGGUACAGGGCUCCUGAACUAUGUGGUUCCUUCUUUUCAAAGUACACACCAGCCAUUGAUAUUUGGAGCAUAGGCUGCAUCUUUGCAGAGCUCUUGACUGGAAAGCCCCUUUUCCCUGGGAAAAAUGUAGUCCACCAGUUAGAUUUGAUAACCGAACUAUUGGGAACACCUUCAGCUGAAGCCAUUGCCAGGGUACGCAAUGAGAAAGCCCGUAGAUAUUUGGGUAGCAUGAGAAAGAAAAGGCCUAUACCUUUCUCACAGAAGUUUCCCAAUGCAGAUCCACUUGCACUUCGCUUGUUAGAAAGAAUGUUGGCAUUUGAACCCAAGGAUCGUCCGAGUGCUGAAGAAGCUCUUGCUGAUCCCUAUUUUAAGGGCUUGGCCAAGGUAGAGAGAGAACCUUCUGCUCAACCUGUUACAAAGAUGGAGUUUGAGUUUGAAAGGCGGAGAAUAACAAAAGAAGAUGUGAGAGAGCUGAUAUACAGAGAGAUACUAGAGUACCAUCCAAAGAUGUUGAAAGAGUUCUUGGAAGGAUCUGAGCCUACUGGUUUCAUGUAUCCAAGUGCUGUCGAUCAUUUCAAGAAGCAAUUUGCUUACCUUGAGGAGCAUUACGGGAAGGGUCCUACUGCUCCCCCACCUGAAAGACAGCAUGCUUCACUGCCUAGGCCAUGUGUUCUAUACUCAGAUUCAGUGCAGAGCUCAAACGAGGUGUCAGAUGAUCUGGCCCAAUGUUCCAUCAAAGAAACUGAUAAGUCUCAUGCUGAGAGGAACUCUACAAUCCCAAUGACAAGGCUUCCUCUUCAAGUCCCUCAAACUUUCACUGCAGGUGGAGCUGCAAGGCCCGGGAAAGUCGUCGGGUCCGUGUUGCGCUACAACUCGGGGGCAGCUGGAGCAGCGACUACGGAGGCUGUUGAACAAAGAAGGACGGCAAGGAAUCCCCCGAUUGCAGCUCAACAUACUUCUACCGGCUGUUCGUAUCCAAGAAGGAAUCCAGGUUGUAAGAGCGAGAGAGCCGAAGAGGAAGGUAUUGGAAUUCCCAAUGGAGUGCAGCCUAAGCCUCAGUAUAUACCGAGGAAAGUUGCUGCUGCUCAAGGUGGGCCUGGAAAUAAUUGGUACUGAAUGGAAGACCAGUGCAGGUGCUUUUUGGUACAAACACAUUAUGCUCGUCCGGCUUCAUUCUGGCUCAUCGUACAUCCAUCGGGCCAACACAUUGAUUGACACUCCACUGAUGUUAUUUAUCGGACACAGCUAAUGGUACACAGGGGAGAUCGGCUGGUAGACAACUGAUCACAGGUUACGGUGCAGCACAGGUGGUAUAAGCAAAAAUUAUGAUCAUGCUCUCCUCGGAAACCGACGAAGUAAGCAAGGGGUCUGAGAUGAAUUUAUUUGGACUACAAUUUACUGAUUUCUUCUUGGGGACAGAUUUGUAUUUCCAGAUGGGACUGUGGUAUUUGUUAUUUGUACAUUGUUUAGUAACUUUCGAAAUAAGGAUCCGCGAAUCGGGCUGCUUUCAAUGACAGAUAUAUUCGGAGUAAAAAUGAAGUUGCAUUAGAGUACCUGAA